AUGCAUCUUGCUCUUCCGAUCGCUCCAUCACCGACGGCUUUUCGCUACUCCCCGGCUUCGGCUACCGCCGCCGGCGGAGUUGUCCCUGUGAAGCAGCGCUGCCGGAUCUCGAAUCCCAGCGUCGCGACGAAAAACGGAUUCUGUUCGGGUGUUGGUGUUUUAGAUUCCUGGAAGAGGAACGGUUCCUAUGUGGCGAGGUGUAGCUUAGAAACAGUGAAUGUCAGUGUCGGCCAGGUGACGGAGGUUGACAAGGACACGUUCUGGCCAAUUGUUAAAGCCGCCGGUGAAAAGAUUGUUGUCCUCGACAUGUACACUCAGUGGUGUGGUCCUUGCAAAGUAAUGGCUCCCAAAUACAAAGAGCUAUCGGAGAAGUACCAGGACAUGGUGUUUCUUAAGCUUGACUGCAACGAAGAGAACAAGCCGGUGGCAAUGGAGCUAGGAAUUAGAGCGGUUCCAACCUUUAAGAUCUUGAAGGACAACAAGGUGAUAAAGGAAGUGACUGGGGCCAAAUUUGAAGACUUAGUUGCAGCCAUUGAAGCAGCAAGGUCAGGCUGA